GCUCAAGAGUCAAUGCAGAACAACGUCAAAGCGGGAGCUUCAGAAAAUGUCGACGUUGACGAUGAAUCACCUCAGGCGAUCGAUGUGCUGACAUUCCGACAUCCACGAUUGGCCCGAUUCGUAGGAGCCGCCUUGAAAAGGGGCGGAGUCGACGGCAAGCGUUGUGAGGAAAACGAGGAGGCUCGACUGGAGCGUAAUCGCCUUUCACCGUGUUUCCGACGACAUCAACGUCGCUGUUUCUAUUCACACACAUACACAUUCACGCAACGAGCGUUUCUACACAUAGCACAUGCUUUGCGAAAACCACCCUUUGCCCCAUUCGGGACUGAAUCAACAGUGUUUCCCAUUUCUGAAUGA